CCCGGUUCCACUGGUAGUUAGGUUAUUAGACGGUUCCUGGUCCCCCCUCCCGGCGUCGCUUUCCAAGCCCGUGGCCUCUCAUUGCCUCCUGUAAAGUGCGCCUUUCAGUUUUCUAUCCGUAGCUCAUUGUAAUUUUUUUUCUACUUUUUUUUGCUUUGUUUUUAUACGUUAUUUAGCGAGACAGGAUGUCGAGCGAAAGCCCCGAAUACUCGCCGUUUUUCGCAGUGAUGGGAGCCUCGGCGGCCAUGGUGUUCAGCGCCUUGGGAGCGGCCUACGGCACAGCUAAGAGCGGCACGGGCAUCGCCGCCAUGUCUGUGAUGAGGCCGGAGCUCAUCAUGAAGUCAAUUAUCCCUGUGGUCAUGGCCGGGAUCAUAGCCAUCUACGGCCUGGUAGUAGCAGUGCUGAUUGCCAACAACAUCUCAGACAAGAUCACUCUGUACAAGAGUUUUCUCCACCUCGGCGCCGGGCUCAGCGUGGGUCUCAGUGGGCUGGCGGCAGGAUUCGCCAUCGGCAUCGUGGGCGACGCGGGCGUGAGGGGCACGGCUCAGCAGCCGCGGCUCUUCGUGGGGAUGAUCCUCAUCUUGAUCUUCGCUGAGGUCCUGGGUCUCUACGGCCUAAUCGUUGCCCUCAUCCUCUCCACGAAGUAAAGCAGCUCCACCAGAAGAUCGGUCCGUCGUGUUGCUGCUGGAGAAAGCGUAAAAAAAUAAAAAAUAAUGAUCUGUCAUGCAAAAUGAAAGUGUGGGGAAAUGAUGGCUCCAUAAAUAUGUUCUUUUUUUUUUUUUUUUUUUCAACAAUGUGUACAGUUGUCCCAAUUUGAUAGUCAACUUGUAAAUGCGCAAUGUAGUGAUUUGUCUGUCUUGUAUGUGCGUGUGUUUAAAAAAAAAAAAAAAAAAGAAAUUGUAAGAUGAUUCCUUCCCUCCCUCCUUAUUUCAGGCUUUGGGGCCAGCCGGGGCCUCUGGUGUCAGAGAGCCGACCAAAGGGCCACACAGCUUCUCCUCCUCCCAGAGCAGCCUGGGAGCUGUAAUAAUAAUCUGGAGGAUCUCUUUGUAAAGACAAACGUGUAUGGACUUAAGAUUUUUUUGUUCUGCUGAUUUUAUUUAUAAUGACGUGUUCAUUGGAACUGUUGAAACGCAGCAAAUGUCUAAUUGUCCAAGAUAUAUAUAUACAUAUAUAAAUAUAUAUACAGACGUAUAAAUAUCACUAGGGUUAAUGCACUGUGGGUUAAUCGUGAUAAGUGGUUGGAUUUCAUCUGGCUUUAAUUCCUGGUCUUCAGAUUACCUUUAGUACGUUGCUGGUGGAGUGGGAGUUGUGUGUGUGUGCGUGUGUGUAGCUGUAUUCUAAUCAUUACGCGACCAUUUUCACACUUCAGUGUUUUUUCUUGUACUGCUGUUUGCAUUAAAGACGUGUGUGCGCCCCGCGUUGGGUCUCACCGCUGUAAUUUCCACAUUCCAUCUCAUUCACCUCAUCUGUGGCUGUGCUCCGUCUCAUCCUCAUCGGUAGAGAUCCUGCAGCCCAGAAGAUUCCCUCCAGAUCACAAAACAACUUUAAUAUGAAGGUUUGAAGUCACACAGGAGUAACAAAUCCGAUGCGAUUCGCUUUAAAGUUGGUUUUAUGCAACUUAUUUAUUUAUUUUUUUGGAUCUGGAGUGAUUUUUCUGGAGCUAGAACUGCUGCAGAUGCAUUUAUUAAACCACCCGUCAAUAUUCCUGUACAAGCUCUGGAUGUAUCGGCAAGUUGUCAAUUAAAGAUACCAACUUUUGAAUGACUUCCAAACACA